GUUUUAUUUAUUUUUUAAUAAACAAGACGAUUAAUAAAAAAUAGUAAAAACACAAUGCCCAAAUUGUUGUGUUGUAUAAAAACUGAAAUAAUGUGAACAAGUGAAUAAAAUCAAGUAUAAGCAACAAUUACCUCUCAUCAAAUCGUAAAAAUACCCUCAGCAUUGACAGCUAAAGAAAUAAAUAAAAAUGAGUAAAGAAAAUGAACAAAAUUACGAUUACAACAACAUUUUUGUGAAAACGGAGAAACUCAGCGAUACGGAAAUCGAGUGUGAGGAAGAAAGCCCCAAUUGUGAUAUAAUAAAAGUAGAAAUAAAAGAGGAAUGUCCUGAUGAUCCAAGGUAUUUGAGUUGUGUAGAGACCCCCGAGACUGAAUUUAUCGACAGUGUGAAGAAUGAGCCCACAAGUGAGGAAAUCAAGAAUUUCCAAUGCACGAUAUGUGCUUUCAAAACCAAAUGGAAAAACAGUCUUCGCGGUCACAUGAAGAUCCACAGCUCCCCCGAAUUCGUCAAACUAUACAAAUGCAAAAAAUGUACGUAUAAAACCAAAUGGAAAAACUAUCUAGCUAAACACACAAGGAUUCAUAGCGCCCCCGAUUGCCUUGAUAUGUAUAAAUGUACAACCUGCAGUUUUCAAACAAAAUGGAAAACCAGUCUUAAAAUGCACCAAUCGAUUCAUACAAUCAAAGACACGAAUUUAAAGAUUUAUAAAUGUACAAAGUGCCCCUUUGAAUCCAAUUGGAAACAGUACUUGAACCGACAUAUAAAAUCACAUUUACCGGAAAGCUUGCAAAAGCACAAAUGUCCAGAUUGCAGUUUCCAAACCAAAUGGAAACAGUAUUUAAAAGAACACAUGAAAAUCCACUCGGCCCCCAAUACUAUAAAACAGUACCAAUGCGACAAAUGCCAAUUUACCACACGCUGGAAACAAUAUUUCAAAGAGCAUGUGAGAAGACACAGUUCACCGAAAAAAAAUAAAAUUUACAAAUGCACAGUUUGUAUUUUUGAAGCCGACUCGAAAUACGCCCUCACACACCACUUGAAUAAAGUCCACGACAUUGUCGACAAAAUCGAAUAUUUCCAAUGUUCCGAAUGCAUGUUUAAAACCAAAUGGAAACAAUACUUGAAACGUCACAUUAAACUACACGACGAGAGCGCCAGCUACAAAUGCCCCGAGUGUCCCUUUGAAACCAGAUGGAAAAAUAGUCUACUCGGCCACCAAACCAUCCACAACCAAUCAAAAACCAUCGCUUUGUACCAUUGCAACAUUUGUCCAUUUAAAACCAAAUGGAAGAAUAGUCUCGCUGGUCAUAUGACCAUCCACAACCCACCUGAUUCGUCCAAAAUGCACCAUUGUCCCGAAUGCCCCUUCCAGUCCCGUUCGAAAAACUACAUGAAACGACACAUUAAAAUCCAUACUGGUGAAGAGGAGGAGACAUUUUCUUGUCCCGAAUGCCCUUUCCAAACCAAAUGGAAGCAAUACUUUAAGGAGCAUGUCAAGAAACAUGAAUACCCGGAUCAAAUUCCGGUGUUUAAAUGCCCGGAGUGCGAAUUCACGACUAAAUGGAAACAAUACUUUCGCGAGCAUGUUAAAAAACACCAAAACCCGGAAAUGCUCAAACAAUACGCAUGCGAGGAAUGCGAUUUUACCACCACUUGGCGUAAAUGCUACCGCGAUCAUGUGAAGCAGCACAGCGUCCCUGAUAAGGUCUACAAGUGUACUAGUUGUAAGUUUAAGACGAAAUGGAGGCAGUAUUUUCGCGAACACGUCAAAAAACAUACUAAUCCGGAUUUGGUCAAGCUAUACAAAUGCACGAUUUGCUCGUUUAUGACGAUAUGGAAGCAGUAUUUCAAGGAGCAUGUCGAGAGACAUAAUUCAACACAGACUUAUAAAUGUGCCAAAUGCGAGUAUGAAGGUGAGUCGAGGUACUACUUGGCCAAGCAUAUGAAAGAAGUGCAUUGUCAAAGUGAAGUCAAGACGUAUAAAUGCGAGAAAUGUGGAUUUACGACUAAGUGGAAAGAGAGUAUCAAGUCACACUUAAGGGUGCAUGCGAAUUCGAAAAAUGCGAAAAUUUAUAAAUGUACAGUUUGUAUGUUUGAAACAAAAUGGAAGAGUAGUUUUAAUUCUCAUAUGAAGAUGGUGCAUAGUAAACCCGAGGUCCAGAAGAAGUAUAAUACGAGACAGAGCAAGACUGUCGAAGAAAUGUGCAAUUGAAAGGCUCAAGAUUUAUGUGGCAUAUAAUGUUGAUGUUUUAAAAUUAUAUAAAUAUAUUUAAGAAUCUCUGUAUGUUAGGAACAUAUCUUUGAAGUUAAUCUUAUAUACUCUAUUGACUUGUAACUAGGGAGAACAAUAAUUUUACUGUA